UAAUUGUAUGCCACGUACUCUCAUUCACCUCUCUUUUUCUAUCUAUUUAUUGAUUAGUUAGAACUGUUACAUAUUCAUUUCAUAAAAAUCUUGAUUAAAUUGUUGAGCCUCAAAAACAGGAAUUGAGAUCAGAAAUGGAGAUGAGUCUCUCGUAUGCCAACCCCAAUUCUCUCUCCCCAACAUUUUUCGCAGCCAAAACUACCUCUUUUGGCAGUAGCGCUGUUAAUUUCCAUGGCUACAAUUGCCUUCCUAGAAAGCUCAAAUUUAGUGCGCGAGAGUUGAGGAAGUUUGUCGCCAUAAGGGCUUCCGAUUCUGCAACCACCGCUGCCACCAAUGCUUCUGCUGCAACGUGGCUUCUCGAACCCGUAGGUGAUGGUGAUUUUGGGCAUAUAGGCUAUAAGAUUGCCAGGCCAGGUGCAUUUGAAAUAGAUUCUAAUGUAGUUACCGUUGGCCGAGUUCCUGAGAAAGCGGAUAUUGUGAUUCCUGUGCCUACAGUUUCUGGUUUACAUGCUCGGAUCCAGAAGACAGAAGAGAAGCUCUUGAUUACGGACUUAGACAGCACAAACGGCACAUUCAUUAACGAGAAAAGGCUUCUACCAGGAGUAGUUUCCCCUGCAUCAGCUGGGAAUCUCAUCACAUUUGGCGACACUAAUUUAGCAAUAUUCAAAAUAUAUAGAGUUGAGAAGGAGGAGUUAAGCAGUGAAGGCGAGGCAGAGAAAGUAGCAAACACCAACUUGAAGUCUACAACCUCAUCUUGAUUCUACUUCGGUUUCUUCAUUCACAAACUUGACUUCAAUCUCUCUCUCUCAUUAUAUAUAUACACUACAUAUAAUUAUAUUUAGGGAUGAUAUCAUGUAGAAAUUCCAUCCGUAGUAGAGUAGAAACCAUGAUUCUCCAUAUAUACAAUAAUGUUCUCUUAUGUUAUUAUUUUUGUAUGCAAUCCGAUAUUAGAAUUGAGUCAA